AUGCUUCACGGAAAACGAGUUUUGGCGGCAGCGGUUGCGGUGGGCGCGCUGAUGACCGGCAGCGUUGCCGCGCAGGCGCAGACGCCGCAGCGCAUCGGACAGUUCAACGACUGGGGUGCCAUCAGCUAUCAGUCCGGCGGCGCCAAGGUCUGCUAUGUGGUUUCGGUACCGCUGACCAAGCAGCCCUCGAACGUCAAUCACGGGGAUAAUUUCUUCGUCGUCACCCAGCGGGGCGGCCAGAACGUGACAUUCGAGCCGCAGUUCAUCGCCGGGUACACGCUCCAGGAAAACUCGAAAGUCACGGUGACCGUGGACGGCGCGCCCUUCUCCUUCUUCUCCAAGGAUAACACCGCCUGGACCGAGAACGCAGCACAGGAUCCCGCGCUGGUUGCCGCCAUGCGGGCCGGCUCGCGCAUGGUGGUUCAGGCCACCUCGAGACGCGGCACAAACACCACCUACGAGUAUUCGCUGUCGGGCGUGACCGCGGCGUUGAACGCGAUCCAGAACUGCCAGUAG